AUGGCGUCUCCCACGCCUUCACCCGUGCCGUGGCGGCGUCGCGAGGUAUUGUCGCGUUCUAACUCGCGACCUCCGAACUACCCUCUGCGUCGCUCCGUGGAUGCCAGCGUCGGGUACAGCACAUUUCGCAGCAGCUCUAGCAACUUAUCGAGUAUAGCGUCGUCGUAUCCUGUGCUGGGGCUGUCUACGCUGGCGGCUCGUCAGCGGCUGCUCCAAGCCAUCGAGCGCAAGAUCCGCGAGAAAGAGAGCUCGUCCAACGUCACAACCGAGUUCCGGGACCCUUUCUUCCUACUACUGGCACUGUGUGCCGCCUUCCGACUCACUGACGCAGCCAGACGCUUCGCUGAGAUGGAGACGGAUCGAGGCUCGGCUGCAGUGGCGGAAGGAGUCUUCCUGGUGGCCGCAGCAGCUAGCAACGUGCUGCUCAACAUGGUGCAGAAGCGUCGACACCAUGCAGAGAUGGCUGAGAGAGUCCGAGUGGCUGUACAGCAGAUGCAGAGAGAUAGCGACAAGAAGAAAGAGCGGGAAGAGGACCAGCGCCCACCCAUUUGGCUGGGCGGCGGACCGGAGCCGACGGUGCUGCUGCCCUCGAACAGCUACGUCGCGUGUUAUCGAGACAGUCAGUGGCAGCGGCUGCCUAUGAAUUUGCUGGUAGAAGGAGACGUCGUAGGCUUGAUGAGUGGAGAUAUCGCCCCGGGAGAAGUGCGACCAGUGGAAGGGGAUGGGAGCGAGGAGCAGCAAGUCUUUCCCAGAGGAUGCAAGCUGCCGUCCUGGACGAGGAGACACGCGAAGGACACGACGAGAUGCACAGCGACGUUUGAUCCUCCCAUGCUGCUGGAUUUGUGCGGUGAGAUGCGGAUUUUUGAGAUGCUGGAGACGCCUGUGGUCAGGGAUAUUGAAGACGCCUUGUUCCGCAUAAACAGACCCGUGACGCCGACGCAGAAGCUUCAGGCACAAGCGAGACAGCUGGCCAUUUCUAUUUGCACCUUGUAUUCCGUGUUGGUGCUCGUGGCGAUCGGACUGCGUGUGGUGGUACAGCAUCGAUCGCUGGACACAACGCUUAGCCACAUUUUGCUCGGACCUGUUGGGAUUUGGCUGUGCUUUGCGUCGCUGAACACGCCACUGGUCUUGUUUAUCGCGGAAGCCGCGGCUACUGCAUCCAUCUUAGGCUCAUUCGACGACAUCUUGGCACCGAAAGAAAGCAUAAGCCAAGAGCAGGAGCAGAAUGUGGACCCACGCCAAGACGAGCGUCUAUCUGGUAUCGAUAGUGCGAUGGCGUCGAUCCUGAAAGCCACAGCGUUUGCACCGCCAGAUGUCUUCGACGUUGAAGACCGUGAAAAGUUGCGCUCCGAGAAGGCUCAGAAGCAGUCGGCAACCAUGCGAUCGCUGCAGUACUUCCUCGUGGUGCUCCGAUUCCGUGUCAUGCACUGUGAUGUUGCCCAUGUAUCUGACCGGCGGCAUCUUCCUGUGCCAUUUCGCUCGUUCCGCCUCCUGGAGCGCCUGGGAAACGUCACAAUGUUGUGCUGCUUCGACGACGAUAUUUUAUGCGAGCAAGCUCCGUCGGUGGAAGAGAUUUUUCUUCUGAACGACAAACAGGGCAACAAUUCCACAGUUCUGGACCUGCAUGCGGAGCGUAAUUGUGACACUGGACUACAGUUUGAAGAUCCGAAGUGGAAGCAGCACCUGCCAUCGCUAAAACCGAUUGGCUUGGCUAUAAUGGUCAACGAUGACGAGAAUCCGGCGCGACACUACGAGGAGAACAUGCGCUAUCUUGUGAACGAAGGGCUUUGUCCUGUGGAUGAUGGUGAUACGAGGGACCCAUACUUGCGGAGCUGUAUGCAGCGACUGUCAGCUCACAUUCGGAUGCUGCCCUUUCCGAAGCAUUUGCUGAAUCUCUCUCGUGAAAUGGGCUUCUCCGUGGCUGAUGAUCUGACGGCGUUCCAGAGAAGACAGUCCAUUCAUAUUAUCUGCCCUCGACUGGCGCACCACGAACACACAAACGAUCACCACGACCAGGGCCAGGAAGAUACGCGAUACCGGGGGAAUCUCAAGUCGCAUCUCUACUCAACGGUGGUGCUUGACAAGCGCUCGCACCAUCACCAGUUACUGUCACGUGGCCAUCCUACCGUCGUGUUGGCUCACUGCAGCGAGUACUGGGAUGGCAAGUCUAUCUGUCCGCUCACGAGUGAAAAACAACGCACCAUUCUGGACAUGUACAACCAGUGGCGUGUGGAGGAUUUGGACUGCAUCGCGUUUUCCUACGUCCCCGUCCCUCACAAGCUCAAUAGUCUCUUCAGUCGUACUGGCUCUAGCAGCAACGGAGGGAGCUUUGUCGACUCGCCAAACACUGGACCGACCCGCAGAUUGGGUGGCACUCUACCGCCAGUGUAUCUCGUGGACGACAGCGCGGCCAGUGAAUUGAACUCCCCGCACUCCGUUGCUCCGCGGAACAGCAUGCCGUUUUCAAGCAGCAUGAGUGAAGAUCAAGGAAUUGGGCGAGAGACCAGACGCAUGAGUUAUUCGGGUCCGUUAUCACCGCUGGCCUCCCCAGACUCCGUGGACGACAUGUCGCUAGACCAAGAAUCGAUCUCUGGAGUACGAGCAGCCAAGUCCGCUGGGGCUCCUCCAAGCGGGCAAAUCACUCCACCUUCGAAAAGACGUGGAAACCUCACAAUCAGCGACCUAGAGUCGUCUGUGGAGCUGCAUCCAUCCGAAACAAGCUCUGUUGAGAAGGAUUCCAUGCUCUGGCGUAUUCAGGAUGACCAGAUCUUCUUGGGAAUGGUCGCGACUGGCGUCCAACCGAAGCAGCACACGCCUGACUUUAUCGAAGACCUGAACGCGUGUGGGAUUCGCUUCGUGUACUUCUCGCCGCGUAACAUGCGCAGGAGCAAACUACUCGCCGAGAAAAUGGGAAUCGAGACGGACUGGAAUUGUGCAAUCUCGUUGCGCCCGCUGGAAAGCGACGGCCCAGACCCUCAUCGCAUGACAUCGAACUACUCGGAUUGGGACGUGAAGGCUCGACUGCCGCACGGAGUCGAGGCGAUAAAGCGGCAUCUGGCUGAGGUGGAUAAUGUCCCGUUGCUGGUGUCACUUUACACGGACAGCACGCCGGACACGAUCAGCGAGAUGAUCUCGAUCUUUCAGGAGAAUCACGAGGUUGUCAUGGGCGUUGGCUCGUCACUAAAGGAAAGCAACGCGCCACUGUUCUCGAAGGCGGAUUUGGCAGUAGCUUUGCAGGGUGGUGUCCACGCCUUCUUCGACAAGCCGAUUCCGCACGGGAAGGAGCUCCCUGUGUUCUCUGACGAGGAUGUCCAACUCAGUCACAUUCUCAACACCCUGGCUGUCGCUCAUUUAAUUGAGCUCAUCCGACUGGGACGACGAAUGCUCACCAACUUCCAUCAGAUGAAAACGUUCAUGUUCAUCUCGCAGCUUUUCAUCGCCACGAUCAUUCUCGCGUCCCACGCGAUUCCGUUCCCGCACGUGCCGCAGCUUUCGUGCGCCUCCGUCUUCUGGCUGCUGUGGAUUUUGGUGCCUGCCCUCGGUCUGUCCAUGCUUGCGUCUGCAAGCGAGAAAGGCAUCAUGAAGAAGACUCCACGCAAGAACGAAGAGUUUGAUACUGAAGAGGAUCUGCCGCGGCUGGUCGCCUAUUUUGUCGGGCGUCAUGUGCCUUCCGUGCUGCUAUCUAUCGCCGUGUUCGAGUGCUUGCUGGGCUUUUCUCUGCAAGCAUCGAACGCUGCUGAUCCGAGCGCCUUUGGAGAAAAUUUUCGCGAGUAUCGAUGGACGGAUUUCGUACUAGACAGCGAGUUAGUGACGAUGAUGCCGAGACCAGCUGUCGUCUCGGCUGCGGUGGAUCGCGCUGAAGCUGGGAUGCUGCUGCUGAUUGGCGUCUGCAUCGUGACCUCAUCUUGUGGAUAUCUGUAUCGAUGCGAGAGUAUGUUUGAGCUUUCUCCCUUCCGAAACGUCAUGUGGGUGGCGACAGCAUGUCUUCUGCUGUGCUUCCAGUUUGCCCUGAGUAUGCUCCGUGCGGGGAUCGUUGGUGCUGAUGGAGUCACUCUGUGGCAUUUUGUGAGCCAGUCGGUGCCUUGCACUUUCUGGGGCGUAACUUUGGGUGUGUGGCCGCUGGCAAUCUUAGGCGUUGAUGAAGCAGUCAAGACACAUGACAGACGACACCUUGUGCGCUACAAUAAGUUCCUACGGAUGCAGUUCGACACGCGCCUGGGAAUGUGGAGUCCCAAGUAA